GGAAGCCUGGCCGCCGAGAAUGGAGUUGGAGGAGGCUGGUGGAGGCGGGGAGCCGAGCCUGGAGGGGCUGGGGCCCGGCAGGGCGCUGGGUUAGCACCUAGCCCUCGGGACUAGAGGACCAGAGCGGGCAUCCUCGGGAUGCAGCGAGAGGGCCGGGGCGCUGCGCGUUUUCCUGGUGCCUAGUGUUUGACCAGUGCCUGGCAGCUGUUAGGUUCUGCUGAUAAAGAGAAGUCACUUUACUCUGUUAGGAUUGGUUUGCCUCCCGGUCGGGCUGCUUAGUAGGGUCUUGUGUGUCAGGGUCUGAACCUUGUAUUUUCCUGAUGUGAGCUUUGAUAAAAUCCAGAAUUAGAAGUCGGGUGUGGUGUCGCACGCCGCAGUCACAGCACUGGGGAGGGGUGACAGAGGACGUGGUCGUGGAGGGCGCUUUGGUUCCAGAGGAGGGCCUGGAGGAGGGUUCAGGCCUUUUGUGCCCCAUAUCCCUUUUGAUUUCUAUUUGUGUGAAAUGGCUUUUCCUCGCGUCAAGCCUGCACCCGAUGAAACAUCCUUCAGCGAAGCUUUGCUGAAGAGGAAUCAGGACCUUGCCCCCAAUUCUGCGGAGCAGGCUUCUAUCCUUUCUUUGGUGACAAAAAUAAACAAUGUGAUUGACAACUUGAUUGUGGCUCCAGGGACAUUUGAAGUGCAAAUUGAGGAAGUCCGACAGGUCGGAUCCUAUAAAAAGGGGACAAUGACUACAGGACACAAUGUGGCUGACUUGGUGGUCAUACUGAAGAUCCUGCCAACAUUGGAAGCUGUUGCUGCCCUGGGGAACAAGGUUGUGGAAAGCCUGAGAGCCCAGGACCCCUCAGAAGUUUUGACCAUGCUGACUAAUGAAACUGGCUUUGAAAUCAGCUCUUCUGAUGCUACAGUGAAAAUUCUCAUUACCACAGUCCCGCCCAAUCUCCGGAAACUGGACCCGGAACUCCAUUUGGACAUCAAGGUGUUGCAGAGCGCCUUAGCAGCCAUCCGGCAUGCCCGCUGGUUUGAAGAAAAUGCUUCUCAGUCCACAGUUAAAGUUCUCAUCAGAUUGCUAAAGGACUUGAGGAUUCGUUUUCCUGGCUUCGAGCCUCUUACACCCUGGAUCCUUGACCUACUUGGGCACUAUGCUGUGAUGAAUAACCCUACCAGACAGCCUUUGGCCCUAAAUGUGGCAUACAGGCGUUGCUUGCAGAUUCUGGCUGCAGGACUGUUCCUGCCAGGGUCAGUGGGCAUCACUGACCCCUGUGAAAGUGGCAACUUCAGAGUACACACAGUCAUGACCCUAGAACAGCAGGACAUGGUGUGCUACACAGCUCAGACUCUGGUUCGAAUUCUCUCCCAUGGAGGCUUUAGGAAGAUUCUUGGCCAGGAGGGGGAUGCCAGCUAUCUUGCUUCUGAAAUAUCUACCUGGGAUGGAGUCAUUGUAACACCUUCAGAAAAGGCUUAUGAGAAGCCGCCUGAGAAGAAGGAGGGAGAAGAGGAAGAGGAAAACACAGAAGAGCCACCUCAAGGGGAAGAAGAAGAAAGUAUGGAGACUCAGGAGUGAACUCCCCUUUACUCCUUGCUGCCCAAGGGAAGAUGGGGCUAAGCCAGCUGCCAUGGGCUUUAUAUGGUGGCAUUUCUGUGGCAUAGGGAGAUGGAAGAAAGGAAAACAAACUAAAGGAAAGGGGGCUAGUUACUGUUUUGAUAGUGGCUAAGCAGCCAGAUAUCUCCCAUUUGUGACUGUAUAUGCCAUCCGUCCAUCUGAAUGAAGCACAUUCCCAAUAUUUAAACCUAACCACUCCCAACCAGUAUACUCUCUGUUGAAAUGUUGUAAAGUGUCUGGGAAUUUUUUUUUUUUUCUACGAAAAAUGAGUAAACUACUUCCUAGCCGG